AUGCGCUCAGCGCGCCUGUGGAAGCUCUUGACCUUCGUCGUGGCUCUGCCCGGGGUCGGCGUGUGCAUGCUGAACUGCUACUUGAAAGCACAGCACGAGCACGAGAGACCCGAGUUUGUUCCUUACGCUCACCUCCGGAUCAGGACCAAGCCUUUCCCCUGGGGCGACGGGAACAAAACUCUGUUCCACAACCCCCAUGUUAAUGCUCUCCCGACCGGUUAUGAAGAUGAAAACUAAGACCCUGACCACAGCCAGAACUUUGGCUCUUCCCUUCUUGGACCAGAAUGUCAUUUGGGAACCAUUGUUUAAGAAACUCCACAUUCCUUCUCCGAUGAAGCUGAAUGGUGUUGUGGCCUCUGUCUGUACUUGUGUAGAGGUCCUUUAAAUAAACAGCUCUGAACUUGAA